AACGGUAGACGGCGUGUGCGAUUCGAUCGACGCUGGUAAACAAUCAGUGGAUAAUUUGUUCGACAGUCAAUCGCGAAAAUGUUUGCAGAAACUCGUCCAGUAUCCAACGAAAUUAAUUAUAUUCUCUUUGCUUUACUUCUAAUAAUUUCUGGCUAUAGCUUGAACUCCAAAAAUUUUGCUGAGACUAUCAGAGAUACAUUUCAACUUUUUUUAGUUAUUACAUCUGCUUUGCUUAUUUGCGUGAUAUUGUAUAGAAUAAGAUUAUUUCUAGAAGAGUUGAUUUUUAUUAACUCUGAAUACAAUGGAAAUAUUAAGUCAGUUAUUGCAGCAACUAUGUCUUUCAAUAUGCCCUCAUCAAUUGUACUUGCCAUUGUAUUCUUUUCAGCUCUUUCAUGUGUCAUCAACACUAAACUUGAUAUUGGUAAUACUAUUCAUUCAAACUUAUGGGCUACAUUAUUAACUUUCACUAGCUCAUUACUUCUAUUAUAUACAAUAAAUAUUAAUGAAUGCAGAAGACUGAAAACUGAAGCAAUAUUUACUGCAGAUGGGCUGGAUGCAGGUACUGCAAUGGCCUGCAGUUAUUUUUACGGAUACUUGAAUAUUAUUUUACCAGCAAGCGGAGGAACUGAAAGAACAGGAAUGUUGAACUUACUGGAAAAUUUUGAAGCUGCAGAGUGUAAUGGUAAUCCAAACAUUUCAGUUCCAGUUAAAAAAAUGUUCAUUCUCAUACCUUCAUCAUCAUAUAUUCCUACUGAUCUCAAAGACAUUUCAGAUGGAUGGCUAGAACAUUCAAAAAAUUUAGAAAUGAUUGUAAUGGAUAGAGCUGGAGUGAAGAAGAGGACUUACCACAAUACAGUUUACAAGUUACACACUGAAGGACCAAAAACUCGUGGUAAAUCCAUUUUUCUUGCUACUGAAGGAGCGACUCCUUUAAAAACCUUUUUGGAGACUAAAGAUCAAUCAUUGCGUUAUGGAGGAAUCUAUAAGGAAUUUAACAGAGAAAUUGUAAGAAAUUUUUAUCUGACUCUAAAGAAGCUUCUUGCUGAUAAUCCAAGUUGUGGAGAUUAUUGUGAACUUGUUUAUUAUGAAGAUUACAUUGGAGGGAAAAAAGUUAACCCAGCACAUAUAUUAUUAAAAAGAGUAAAAAAUAUACUUUUAACUGAAGCCAACUUAAAUAAAAAAUAA